CCCCGUAUAUAAGCGCGCGGGCGCCGGUCACACCAUCACACAACCUCCGACCACCAGAAAAACACAACCACCAAAAUGGCAAAGUGGAGCAUCAUCGCGUUGGCGAUUUUCGGCUGCGCAGUGGCUGAGCCCCCAGUAGGGUACAGCUACUCGGCCCCGUCCUCCCUCGUCGUGGUCGGAGGCGGCCACAGCUCCGGCGGCCUGAGCCACGGUGGCCAUUACACCCCCGUGCCUGUCGGCCACCAGACCUCAGAAGGCUACCACGUCGACCCUCAUCUACUGGAGAAGAUCAAGCACAUCAUCCUCAAGGACGAAAUCCAGAACCAGGCCUACCAAUCCGCUUCCUCCGGCCACGGUCACGGACACGGCCACGGCAUCUCCUCGCACUACGGACCUCCCGCGCCCGUGUACGGCGUGCCCCAGGACAGAAUCGUAGGAAUCGAGCUUGACCACGUUCAGCAGGGCAUCCAAGUCGCUCAGUACCACCAGGCUGAGGAAGGCUACGCCGGCGGCUACGCUGGUGGCUACGCUGGCGGUUACUCCGGCUACUCGAGCGGCGGCCACGGUGGCUACUCGAGCGGCGGCCACGGUGGCUACUCCAGCGGAGGUCAUGGCGGUUUCUCCAGCGGUGGUCAUGGCGGUUUCUCCAGCGGUGGUCACGCUUCCAUCUCUUAUUCCGCGCCCUCCAUCGCCUACACGACCAUCGGCGUCCCCUCAGGAUCUUACGGCGUCCCCUCACCCUCAUCCUCGUACGGUGCGCCCCACCAUUAAACGAACCUCAAAUCAUAGUCAUCUCACCCCAUUAAUGUUAAAACUCAUGUGAUCGCAUCUAGAGUAUGUAUUAUAUUUGUUGAUAAUGUAAGUUUCUGUAAAUAAACCUCCUUUUGUAACGAAA